AUGCCGUUCAGAGACCUGCUGAAGUGGAACACCAGGGUGUCUGCGGUCUACGCCGUCGGGGUCUGGACCAUGGUCGGGGUCUGGACCAUGGUCGGGGUCUGGACCAUGGUCGGGGUCUGGACCAUGGUCGGGUCCUACGCGCUGGUCCGGUUCUCACGUCGACACGAGGAGCCGCCAGUCAAAAAAGAAGAAGAGUUUCAAGAGCCAGAAGAUCCAAAUCAGGUCGUCCACCUGACGGCUCACUCCAAAACCGUCAUCGUCUACAGGAAAGACUUUGUCCCGUACAGCACAAGGAUCUACAACUUCCUCCGGUCCUUCAGCGGGGGACCUGAGAGAGGAGACGGGGACAAAUGACCACGGACACUGGGCUUGUCAAGAGCACGUUCUCAGAAUGCACUAUGAAUUUAUGCUUUCGUGUGAGGAUACUCUCUUUAUUUGUGAAAGAAAUUCCAGCACACUCUGCAGGUCUGAGGCAGCAGCCAUGGUGUUUGGAUGAUGAUGUCUGAGCCCAGAUAUAUAUUUUAUUAUUUAUUUGCCAACAAUAUUCAGUAAUGUUACUGUCCGCGCCUGUCCACAAUACAACGGUGUAUGAAUGAACCUCAUCUGUUCAUUGUUUAAGAGGCAGAAGGUGUCGUGCUAUUUGAAUAUGUAUGAUUGUUUUACAGAGCUUGUCAUUAUCUUGAUUGAUGACUGAGAUGAGCACUACCUUUGUGAAGCUUUAGACGGUUGAUGUGCAUCAGAGAGCUGCUGAUAAGUGUUACUAAUAACAUUAAAGGUGUUUUUAUGGUUAACUCUAACAUUACUAAUAACAUUAGAGGUGUUUUAGGGUUAACUCUAACAUUACUA